AUGGCCGCGAAAACAAACGGCGUCACAAAUGGCUCUGGCGACAGAAAACAACCGCCGGUUGAUGAAGAUUUCAUCCGUGCAGCUAUAGCGAAGUCGAACUUGAAUGCUCUUCGGCUCGCGCUGUUACAGGUGACCGGUGACCCAGAUUUAGCCAAGAUGCGAACACGGCGUCAACAAAUUCGUGGAGGCGCCAUGUUCACUCAUGUCCUCGUUGAUGAAGAUGCUCCGCUUCUCACGGAAAAAGCACUGGCGUUUCUCUCUAAGCGUAAACCAGAGGACCCUAUCCCACACCCUCCGUCAAUAGUUGAGUCUAAGAAGCUCCUCGACCUUUUUGGAGACGAACCGGUGGGAGAGCGUGAAUUCAACUACGAUUAUGAAGAGCUCGCAUUUGAAGAAUUUCCUCGUGCAGCUCAGUGGACUGAGAAAAAGCCCUCUGCCGAAGAGAUUUCUCGGUUCAAGAUCGUCAUAAUCGGCGGUGGCAUUAGUGGCCUUGCUGCGGCUGUUCAAUUCAAGCGGCUGGGCCUAAACUUUCAAGUAAUCGAGCGACAGAAAGGGAUCGGGGGCACUUGGCUCCUCAACUCAUACCCAGAUGCUCGAGUCGAUACUUCUAGCUAUCUGUUCCAGUUCAAGUUUGUCAAGAACUACCCCUGGUCAGAGUAUUUCGCAACUGCUGGAGAAACCCAGAAAUACCUGGAGUACGUCGCCAAAGAAUACGAAGUGAAGGACCACUUCCGCUUCAACCGUGAGGUAGUCAGUGCUAUUUGGAAUGAGCUGACCAAGAAAUGGCAACUCACGGUUAAAAGCAACGAUGGUGGCGUGGAAGUAAUCAUUUGUGACGCUGUCGUGAGCGGCAGCGGCGUCUUUUCAACACCGAGUAUUCCUGAUAUAAAAGGCAUCAAAGAUUUUAAAGGAGAUAUCUUCCAUACGGCAAACUGGGACCACAAGACCAACUUGCACAACAAGCGCGUUGCUCUUCUCGGCACGGGGUCCACUGGCGUUCAGCUUUCAUCGGCUGUUGCUUCUCAAGCAAGUCAAUACACUGUGUUCCAACACUCCCCGAAUUGGAUUAUGAAUAUGACCGGCUACGGGACACGCAUCGACGAUCACGUGCGCUGGCUUUUUGACACGAUGCCUUAUUACUGGAACUGGUUUUGUUAUUCCGCACAUGCGACAUCACAGCAACUACAAGGACUUCAGGACUAUGACAAGGACUGGCAAGCAAAAGGAGGUCUCAUCAAUAAGCGCAAUGAUCUGGUACGCGAGUCACUCACGAGCUACAUUAAAUCGAAGACAAAGAGUAAACCUGGCCUGUUUGAGAAGGUUUUGCCUGAUUAUCCGCCCCUGGUGCGUCGUCUUGUUGUUGAUAAUAAAUUUUUCGACACCUUACUGCUUGAUCACGUGGACCUCGUAACAGACAAGAUUGAAAACUUCACAGAAAAGGGUAUCAAGACGGUUGAUGGCGUGGAGCGCGAGUUUGAUAUCGUGAUUCUCGGUACAGGCUUCAAAGUUUCACAGUACUUUUGGCCAUGCAAGUAUGUCGGCCGGAAUGGUAUAACCUUGGAAGACUUGUGGAAGAAAGACGGAGCACGGUCAUAUCUUGGCAUGACGAUGCCUGGAUUUCCAAACUUCUUCAGCUUCUAUGGCCCGAACCACCAGCCACGCUCUGGAGGAUUCUAUUCGUGGGGGGAGAUUUGGUCAAGGUAUACGGCUGAGGCUAUUGUUCAUCUGAUUGAAAACAAAUUGAAGAGCAUAGAAUGCCGGCAAGAUGUAUUUGAUCACUAUAACGACAAGUUGGAUGAGGCGAACAAAGGUCUUAUCUGGGAGCUACCAGGUCAUGGGUACUACGUCAAUGAUUUUGGACGUCAGAGUGUUAAUACUCCAUGGAAUACGGCGGAUUAUCAUGCGAUGGUAUUGAAACCGAAUAUGGAUGAUUUUGACUUCCAAUGA